UUUUUUUUUCUUGUUUCUAGUGAUGGGUACUCAAGCGGCGAUGUGAUAGGAUUUUUUAUUAGUCUCCCAUUAAACAAUAGACGCCCAGGUAACAACGUUUUCUUUUGUAUCCCAUGUUGGAUAUGUAGAAUACUGCAUCUGUUGUAAUUCAUGCCCCAUUGUAUGAAAUAUUGAUUUUCAUGGUCAUUUUUUAAAAGACGUCACUCAGCAGCAGUCUUCUGUUAAAUAAAAUCUACGAAUUUCCUCGUGGACAUUUUUGUAGUCUUGAACUGUGUUCUUUCUAAUUUUUGAUCCAAGGAACAGCUUAACAUCAGUUAAGAGUUUAGCUAUUUUAAUCUGAGCCACUUGUUCCCUAGAACUGCACUAAAAAUGAAAGAGAAUACGUGUCUGAUCAAGUAAUAAGCAGUAUCCUUGCGCUGGAAAACAAGAGCAUGUCACGAAUGGUUUUGGUUUUACCCCUUAUUGAUUCAGAAAAAUUGCGCAUUGUUUUAACUCUGAGCUAAACCUGCUGUGGAUUUCUUAGAUAUAAGACCUCCCUUAGCUGUUUAGUGGAUAAGCAUCUCGUUAAAACAUGCCCUGUUCUAUAUUUGUAGCGGAAUUUCUCCCGCCGACGUUUAAAGAUAAGGUAAGCUUAUGUUAACGUUUUUUCCGUUUUUUAUAUUACUUCUUACGAGCGUUUCUAUAAAACUUGAAAAAUUUCUUGCAGUUAUGAAAUACUCGAAAUUUUUAUUAAGAUAAUUGAAAACAGGGCGAGUUCACACAAGAAAAAGACCAUACGCAGAUAAAGACAUAAUAUACACGCCUUCUAUCAGUGGCCUAAAUAAUGAACUCGUAACCAACACAAGGCGUCCUCAUUUAGCUCAAGAGCAGUUAAUAAAAACAAAUUUACUUCAUUUCCUUAGUUGGAAUACCCUGCCUUACCUUUCAGGUAUCACGUUCUCUCUACUCGAUCGCUCCGGCACCAGCUUACCAUGUUCUUUUCCCCACUUUAUACCCCUUCAUACUGGCUUCCAUGAACGGACAAAAAUUAACGGGUUCUCAAUCUCACACUGCUUCAUUCUUGUUUGUUAGGCUUUAAUAAAGUUUAAAAAUCACCUUUAUUUCGAGGAAAAAGAUCUGGUAGACAAGGCAGAAAAGGUAAGGCUUUCAGCUUCUCCUUCUCAGGGCUUGUUCUUGUCUUUUAUGGUUAUCCCUACCAUGAUUCUCUAAAUGAUUUUUUUUGUUGCGUUUUCAGAAUUUGAAGCCUUUACUUGGAAGUCAGGUAAGCUACAUCUUUAGUAUCUUUAAACUUAUCCAGGUUGUCCUCACGCUGCAGACUGGCCUCUGUUCCAGCUUCUAAUCUGACCAAUCUCGUGUAUUUUUGUGUGUGCUUGUCUUAAAUAACUUAAUAAAAAAAUCGAAUAAACAGGAGUCAAAAACGCUCCAAUUGUCAUUUCUUAGACAAAAAGACAGUAACACACAACAUUUAAGAUACUUUUGAGUUUAUUUGCUAGUGAUCAGUUGAUAUGAUACGAAUCUUUACGGUAGCUUCCAGGCUUCUACAUAAAAAGUCAAAACGCUGACGUAAUAGACCUCUUUGUGUAGGUAAUAUCAUGAUUUGUAGUGAUAUUUGGCAUAAAUACCACAAGUGAGAUGCUUAUCCACGAGUGUUAUACGUAAUUUCACGAGCUUUUAGGCGAGUAAAAUUUGAGACAAUUUUGAAAUAUCACGAGAAGUAUUUAUGCCAAAUAUCACGUACAAAUCAUGCUAUUAUUUGUUUAUACUACUACCCGCAAUAGUUUUGUAAUUUUCACUUGUAGGUAUUUCAAAUUAAGCUGAAAUACCACAGCUCUAAGCCAAUCAAUUUUCAGAAAUUUCUGAUGUAGUAGUAUAAAGCUUGUAAUGUUUUGUUUUCCCAAUAGAGGUCCAAGGGAACUUGACCCUUUGUCUUUUUAUGAAUUAUGCGUACAUAUGCACUUGAAUAAAACGAAAUUUUAAAGAAACAGUUCAGAGUAUUAUCACAUGACCUGUAUUGGGAAAACAAAACAUACAGGCUAAAGAGGUCUAUUAGUGAUACUUAUGCACGAUUCUCUCUGUGAAAUUUUUUGCAGAUAAAAUUUUUUAAGAAUGGCGUUUGUCAGGUGAGUGCGAUACAAUUAGGUUUCAAAAAGGGGUAUCCAGAAUUUACAAUACAUUGACCUUUUGUAAGCACAGGCAGUGUCGAAUGGAAAAGGUAAGUUCAUGAUUUGCAAGGAGUAAGCUGCUCUUGUUUCGUUAUUUCAUCUGCAUCGCGCGAAAAAAGGAAUAGGCACCAACAGGCUAACUAACAAGUAAGUUUCUGUGGUGUUAUGCUCAGGUUAUGCUUGAAAGAAAAUGUUUGUUUUCUUAGGGCGUCGCUUGGCAAGAUAUUCACGAGGGAACGUAUUACCCAGCGGUAUCAGUGUUUAAAAAUGCAACGGUAAGCAGA